AAACAAAAUCUUCUUCCACUAGGGAUAAACAGAGUAAUCACGAAAUUAGCUCUUUCGAGACGAUUUUACAGAAAGCAGGCAACGAGAGAAAAAAGGGACGAUGAAUGGAGUGAUGUUAAUAUUGUUGCUAUGCCUCUGGGCUGCAUCAAUGUUGGCGGUCCGUGGCGAAGACCCUUACCUUUUCUUCACUUGGAACGUCACCUAUGGUACCAUCUCUCCCACGGGUGUUCCCCAGCAAGGCAUUCUUAUCAACGGUCAGUUCCCAGGGCCAAAUAUCAACUCUACCAGCAACAACAACGUAGUGGUCAAUGUCUUCAAUAACCUCGAUGAGCCAUUCCUUCUGACAUGGACCGGCGUACAACAGAGGAAGAACUCCUGGCAAGAUGGUGUGCUCGGAACCAACUGCCCUAUCCCCCCUGGGAAGAAUUACACCUAUCACUUCCAGGUCAAGGACCAAAUAGGUAGCUACAUGUAUUAUCCGUCGACAGUUAUGCAUAAGGCAGCCGGCGGUUUUGGAGGCCUUCGUAUUAACAGCCGCUUGCUCAUUCCUGUCCCCUAUCCUGAUCCGGAAGACGACUACACUAUCCUCGCAGGAGACUGGUUCAGCAAAGGACACACCACACUCAAGAAAAACCGUGAAACAGCCAUUCAGUCCUGGCACUUGUCAGGCUAUUCAUUCUUCGCUGUGGCCGUCGAGACUGGGACAUGGACUCCAGAGAAGAGGAAGAACUACAAUCUUCUGGACGCGGUGAGCAGGCAUACCAUUCAGGUCUUCCCCAAUUCAUGGGCUGCUAUCCUUUUGACUUUCGACAAUUGCGGAAUGUGGAACAUCAGGUCCGAGAUAUGGGACAGGCAUUACCUUGGCCAACAGCUCUAUGCGAGCGUUCUCUCCCCGCAACACUCCUUGAGGGACGAGUACAACAUUCCGGAUAACGCAUUACUUUGCGGCGUCGUGGAAAGCAUGCCCAAGCCUCCGCCCUACAGCAUUUGAUUGAACUCAUUAAUUUAAUCACUAUUCCAAUUCCGCUCAAAUACAUUUAUUGGGAGUGAGAGAGGGAGAGCUAGCUGCUUGAGAUCAACAAUGCUUUUAAAUACGUAAUUCAUUGUACGCAAUUUCCUAGGCGGACUGCCAAACAAAAUGGUGACCAAUAAAGCGGUUGGAACAUGCAUGUAUGUUUCGAUUCCUCCAAAAUGCCAUGACAUUUUUGUUCUCUUUUAUUAUUUUGUUUUUAAUAUAAAAUGUUAUUAAUUUGUCCUUA